GAUCGGGGCUUCGGGCUGACUAUGGCGAGUGACUGUCGAAUGGUGAGCGGACACUGCCACUUCCCACAGGGUUUGGAUAGCAGCAACGCAUCGUCCACUCGAUUUGAUGUCGCAGCACCUCCUUGUUGUUGGCCCAUGCCGAUUUCUUUUGUGUCAUAUCCUCUGGUCAUCGUCACCCGCACUUUUGCUUCGCCGGCCCAUCGCGUUGCCCUUUUCCAUCGAGCUGUCUUACCCGACCGCCGAACGCGCGUGUCGAUUUCCUGCACUUUUCUGUCAAUCUGUCACCGUGUCCUCAAAAUCAUCUGCUUGCCUGGCCUGCGCUACACGACAAGGUCGUCGCUUCCAUCAGCAUCGACGGCGUGAGUUUCCCUCACGCCUCAUCGUCCAUAUUCCUACCCCUGCCCCUGCCUCCGCGGCCAACGACUACAUCUCCACACAAGGCUGACACGACACCCGACGAGGUGAUGCAAUAUGUCCGUCAGCCUGUCCGACCCUCGCAUUCAGUUAGCGUACAACGAAUUGCAAAGUGCGUCCGCCGGCACCGGCAGCAACGUCAUUCUUGGCUACUUUGGAUCCAAUUCCAUCUCUCUUCACAAUCAAGGCACCGGUGGCGUCGAGGAGAUCCGAUCGUAUCUGGAUCCCUCCGAGGUGCGUUUCAUCCUGCUCAAAUAUGAGGGCAAAUUUUUAUUUAUUCAAUUCAUGGGGGAGAACAUUAGUGGUGUAAAACGCGCCCGGGCGCUUGUCCACGGACGUGCGGUCUCCAAGCUGUUUGUCUGUCAGGAUGCAUCUAUGCUUCUCACGAGUCCAGCAGAGGUGACGGAGCAGACGGUCCGCUCCAAACUGCGCAUACUUCCUGCAACUAGUGGCAGUGGCCUGGGAAUCACGCAGCAACCACAGCGACAGCUUGUUGAAUCUACUGACGCAAGGAGCGUCAUAUGUGCUUCCACUUACAUGUCAGCUGCGCGGAACAGAGCUAGCACCUCUUCUGACACAGGAACAGAACGCUCUACUGGCACUCAUCAACCAUACGCAUAUUCUUCGACGUCAACUCAGUUUCCCUUACAGAACCUUCCUGUGAACGUCGGCCCGCGCCUUCCGGCAGACGCGCCAGUGCUGCCCUCCGUCGCGCCGCUCAACCUUUCACGCAAGACCUCGUCGUCGAAAUUGGUCAGUAGCUCCAAUGCAGCCGUGCCCGCGCCGGCGCAUGUCACGAGCGACACAAACGGGACAGCCGGAGCCCAAACCCACGACUUGCCAAGUGACAGCCCGGCAGCGAGGAAAAGAAGUGGGAGCGGAGGUAGCUCAAGGUCAACUAGAAAGCAGGAUGAAUGGGCUGAGACGCUAGCGCAUCCUUUGCCGAGCAAUGUGGUCGCGCAGGGACGUAAAGGAACGCAAAAUCAGGCAAGUGACCACGCAGCUGACGUGAACGGCAGCGGCACUUCACCAAGCUCAUUUUCAAAAUCUGGCUACAAUCCACUGGCCGCUGCUGCUGCCGCGGCAGCGGCAGGGUCGGAGCGGGGCUCGCCUGCGCAGAAAAUGUCCCAGUCUCAGACCACAGACAGGUGCAAUCCAUCCGGCGAACAGCCUGUGAUCAUCCAAUAUAUCCAGCCUGGCUCCAGCGCAGGGUGUGAUGCCCAGAGCUCAUCCGCUGGAAGCAAACAAGCGGCACUAUUCCCACAACCCCCUUCCGAUCAUGCGUCGGCGCCGAAUGUUAACAACAUCCUGGAGUCGAUCACAUCGCCCUCGGCAAGCGAUGAAGUAAAGGCGCGAGGGCAUGGGCGCAGUGUCAGCGCCAAUAUCAGUUCACUGGAUCCGCGCUUCGGCAGCACCCAGUGGCUGCCGCCAGGCCAGGCCCAUCUUCGAACGAAGGAGCAAGAUAAAGAAAAUGGAAGGGAAAGAGAGCAUUCUCGAAGCUUUAGUGCGAGCUUCCCUACUCCACCUCAUUGCUCUUCGCCUUCGUCCAUCUUGGAGCGCGGGACGCCAGCGAGCGAGCGUGCGUACCGGCGCCGCCUGGAGGCGAGCGGGCUUGAAGGCGAAAGCUGGAUCUCACAGCACUCGCGCAAAUACUUUGAGCGGGAGGAUGACGAAAGGGGCUAUGUGCAGCGCUAUCGCGGAUCGCCGCCCUCGCAAGAUGGACCGCAAGCCUUCUUGCAGCAGCAGUACGGACAGCAAAAGAGCCUGCCUUCGACUCCACCACAGGUCGGUACGCCGGAGCGACCCCACAGUCGCGCGGAUCAAAUAGGUGUGCACAGCGACGCGAUCCUCGAUGCUUUCUCUCCUGAUACGAUCAAGGCAAUUGAGGCGCGGCGGCGCUUCGACACGGCGGAACACGCGACGCAGAUGCAGCUGCAGAAGGCAAGGGCGAAGCAGGCCAGCGUCAGCAUGCAGAUUCGUGAGAUUGAAAGAAGGGAGAUAGAGAGGGCCCAAGGGGAGGAGAUGACGCGCAAAAUAUGGAAUCGCGAGCUGUACAUUCGCGAGCGGCUGGAUGCCUUUGAGCGCAGUAAGCUAGAGUCAGCGGAACGCCUGCGCCGCGCUGGCUUGGAGCAGGUACGACGCGAAGAGGCUCGGAAGCUGGACCAGCUUAAGCGCGAGAAGCGGCAAGCACACGAGGAGGAGAAGGAAGCGCUCGAGGAGAGCGAGCGAAGGCAGCGCGAUUCGGCAGCGCGCGAGGCGAGGAUGCGGCUGGCGGCGCAGGAGCGCAAGCAGCGCGAAGCCGAAGCAGCAGCCCGCAAGGAGGCGAAGCUGGCUGAGCGCAAGUCGCUCAAGGUCGAGUUCCAGAAGCUCAGCGCGCUCGACAAGCGCGCCGUCAUCAUGAGCGGCGGUAUCAGUGUGCAGCAGCCCAACUCGACGAUCUUCAAGCGCCGCUUUUACCAGCUGUUCUCGACCGAGCUACUCAUCUUCAAAUCCGAAGACGACAUGAAGGACGUCCUGUUGAAUGUCGGGCUGCAGGACACUGUGAGCAAGAUCGAAGACGCGUUCGAGGAGGUGCAGAUGGCGCACUCGUUCUGCAUCACCUUAAAGCCGCCGAUGGACCCUUUCACUGCAUACAUGGAUUCCAAGGAGCAGAAAGACCUGCUUCUCACUGCCAUCGAAGUCAUUUCAAGGAGAGAGUAAGGGAGCCACUCGACGUGUUUGUUGUAGCAAUAUAAUGCCGUUCACAUCGCUUUUCGUGCCUGCUUGUAAGCUUUUUUUUGGGAUUUUCCCGACAUUUGCACAUUGAACGUGAUUUGCAAUGAUAUGAGCGAUAUGGUACAG